UUGCUUGUAGUAUAUUAUUGAUCUCUCUCUAGAGAGAGAGAGAGAGAGAGAGAGAGAUCAUAACAUAGAAGAAGAUGAUGGGAUCUUUGGCACUGGGAUCAGUCUCUUUCUGGGGCAGUAGUAGAAGUGUUAUAAAACGUGAUUAUGAUCAUGAUCAUGGUCAAGAUCAAAAGAUGAAGAUGAAGAUGAUGAUGAUGAAGAAGAGAUCAAGGGUGGGGAUGGCGGUGGCGAUGGCGGGUGGGGCCAAGUUCAAAGGGACGCAGAUGAGAGAGAAGCAGCUGAACGAGAUGAUAGAGAAGAAGGUGAAGGAAGCAACGGAGGUUUGCGGGGGAGACGAGAAAUCGGCGGAGUGCAAGGUGGCGUGGGACGAGGUGGAGGAGAUCAGCCAGGCCAAGGCUGAUUUCAGGCUUAAGCUUCAGAAGGAAGAUCCUCUUGAGUCCUUUUGUCAGGAACAUCCUGAGACUGAUGAGUGUCGUCUUUAUGAUAAUUAAUCACUUCCAAUUUAUCAAUUUCCUCUUGUCAUCAAUACUAUCAAUAUCGUUUCUUU